AUGGUGCUCCAACAACAAACACUUUUUCUCACAAAGAAGAGAGAUCAAGAACCUUCUCAAGAUUUCAUUUUCCGAUCUAAGCUUCCUGACAUCUCCAUCCCUCACCACCUCCCUCUCUUUGAUUACGUCUUCCAGAAAUUCUCCGGCGAUCCCCAAGCCGGUUCCACCACCAAAUGUCUCAUCGACGGUGCCACCGGACGUAUCUUUUCCUACGCCGACGUACAAAUCCAUUCACGGAGAAUCGCCGCCGGGAUUCACCGGCGCGGGAUCCGCCACGGUGACACCGUGAUGCUCCUUCUCCCGAACUCGCCGGAGUUUGCUCUCUCAUUCCUCGCCGUCGCUUACCUUGGAGCCGUUUCCACCACCGCGAAUCCGUUCUACACACAAGCGGAGAUCGCAAAACAGGCAAAAGCCUCAAACACGAAGAUGAUCAUCACGAAGCCAUGUUACGUCCAUAAACUAACAAACCUGAGAAACGACGGCGUUGUGAUCGUUUGCGUAAACGACGGAGACGACGUCGUUUCGCCACUCGACGGUUGCGUGAGUUUCACGGAACUGAUUCAAGCCGACGAAACAGAGCUUCCUAAACCGAAUAUCUCGCCAGAGGACACGGUGGCGAUGCCGUAUUCCUCAGGCACCACUGGACUUCCAAAGGGAGUGAUGAUCACUCACAAGGGAUUAGUUACGAGCAUCGCUCAAAAGGUCGACGGCGAAAACCCGAACCUCUACUUCACCGGUGAUGACGUCAUCCUCUGUUUUCUCCCGAUGUUUCACAUUUACGCGCUUGACGCGUUGAUGCUCUCGGCGAUGAGGACUGGUGCGUCGCUCUUGAUCGUGCCGAGGUUCGAGUUGAAUCUGGUGAUGGAGCUGAUUCAGAGGUACAAAGUCACGGUUGUUCCGGUGGCUCCUCCGGUGGUUUUAGCAUUUGUUAAGUCGCCGGAGACGGAGAGAUACGACUUGAGCUCGGUGAGGUUGAUGCUAUCUGGCGCAGCUACGCUCAAGAAGGAGCUUGAAGACGCCGUGCGUCUCAAGUUUCCCAAUGCUAUAUUUGGCCAGGGUUAUGGAAUGACCGAGUCAGGAACGGUGGCCAAGUCAUUGGCGUUUGCAAAGUACCCAUUUAAAACCAAGUCCGGCGCAUGUGGGACUGUGAUCAGGAACGCCGAAAUGAAAGUGGUCGAUACUACCACCGGAAUGUCCUUGCCGCGAAAUGAAGCUGGCGAAAUAUGCAUCCGAGGCAAUCAACUCAUGAAGGGUUAUUUGAAUGAUCCGGAGUCUACGGCAAGAACCAUAGAUAAAGAAGGGUGGUUACACACAGGAGAUAUUGGGUUUGUGGAUGAUGAUGAUGAGAUCUUCAUUGUUGAUCGUUUGAAGGAACUGAUCAAAUUCAAAGGCUAUCAAGUGGCUCCAGCUGAGCUUGAAGCAUUGCUUAUUUCUCAUCCUUCUAUCGAUGAUGCCGCUGUUGUUGCGAUGAAGGAUGAAGUAGCUGAUGAGGUUCCGGUAGCGUUUGUAGUUAGAUCAGAAGGGUCUCAGCUAACCGAAGAUGACGUCAAGAGUUAUGUCAACAAACAGGUGGUUCAUUACAAGCGAAUCAAGAUGGUGAUUUUCAUAGAAUCUAUACCGAAAGCUCCCUCAGGCAAGAUUCUGAGGAAGGAACUCCGAACUAAAUUGGAAACCGAGCAUCCUUAA